AUGGGACUCGGGGCAAGUAAGGCUAGCAACCUGCUUCCCUGGUACUUUAAAUAUGAUGCUGGCAACAAUCAGAGCAAAAUGCCUCGGACCUUUGGAGGUGACGGAGUUCCACCUCUAACUGACAAACCAGGGACUCCUAAGAUACGACUUGGCAAACAAAUGGUAAAUAGAUGGGGAGCUAUCAGUAUCAAUGGGGGCUACUCUGGGAAGAAGGUAGAGCUGGCAGAGGCUGCAAGUAAGAUGGGGCUGGAUGUUUUAGCUGUUAGUGACAUUUGGGUAAGGGGUGAGAAAGAAGAGGAAGUGGGAGAAUACAAGGUCUACCUGUCAGGAGUCAAAGCAGGAAUAGCACAAUGGGGUGUAGGGCUUUACAUCAGGAAAGAAAUGGAACCCAGCGUAGUUGCAAUAAGGUAUGUAAACGAACGACUGAUAUGGAUAGAUUUGACAGUGUCUAGCAAGAAAAUUCGGAUUGUGUCAGUAUAUUCGCAUUGUGAAGGGACAGAUCAAGAUAAGAUGGAUAGUUUUUAUGAGGCACUCAGUGAUGUAGUUGUUAGAGAAAAGGACAAGGACGGUGUUCUGCUCAUGGGUGAUUUUAACGCCAGGAUUGGAAAUCGAACAGAAGGGUAUGAAAAGGUUAUGGGUAAAUUUGGAGAGGAUAUGGACGCCAACAGGAACGGGAAACAACUCUUGGAUUUCUGUGCCAGUAUGGGCUUAGACCUAGGUAGGGUCUUAGUACUACAUCACAAUGGCCGCAUACCAAUCAGUGGAGUAAACAGUGACCAACUAUCGGUGGACGAGACUCUGCUGCCUGCUCCUCCUACCUCUGAAACAGUACUGGACCUCAUGCUUAAGUCCCAGGCAUUGUUCAAGGAGCUUAAAACUGCGACUACUGAGUACACCAAACUCCGCUACACCAAUACGUUAGUUAAACAGUCAUCUCCCAGACCAUCUGUAAGGCUCCAGGAGUACCAGUUACCUGUUGUUUCUUUCAAGAAGUCAAAAGAAGGUAUUCCCAAGGUAAAAGAAGAAACUACAUCAAAAGAAGACAUUUCAGAGGCAAAAGAAGAGACACAAGCUGAUGAGCAACAUUCAGAAACUGAACUUCAGACAGUGGUAUUAGUGGAAUCAUUUGGGGCUGAAGAAUCUCCAGAAACAGAGGAACACGGACCUAGACCCACAAAAACAGCACCCCACAAAGCUCCAAGACCUUCAACAGCUGCAAGAACUAGUGAACAAGGUGUCAUUAUUAGAAAGGGGAGUUUCGAGAGACUCGAGAGGAAGGUCUCCAAGAUUCAAGCAGAACUUAAAAAACUGGACGCACUUCCCACCAAUGAAGACCUCAUCAGACGUUCACGUGUAUCAAGUGACUCUACACCAGUAAAGGAUAUGUGGCAGUUCCUAAAUCUCACAAAGAGGUUGGAUGCUGUUGAGGAGGGUAUUGAGAGGCUCACUUCUGUGUUACAAGAUAUAGCAAAGCAGAUUGGCCUUUCAACUAUUUUGGGAGAAGUAGAAUCAUCGGGAUCCCGAAGUGGAAGCACUGUUACAAAUCCAUUGGAGAUAAAAGAUGAAGGUGAACUUAGAGAACGACUGGUUCAUAUUGAAAAGAGACUUUGGGAAGUGGAACAUCGUAUGAAUAGUUCAGAUUUGCGUAUCCGUGCUUCUCGAUCAGAUGAGAGACGUGUCACUGGUGAGAAACGUGGCACAGCCGUUGACUAUGAGGGACUAUCAACAGAUGAAGCAGUAUCUGUCAUGAAAGGAGAGUUGACAACUGUCCAGGCAGAAAUGGAUGCACUUAUGCAAGAGCUUCGUCAACACAUAACAGCCACAGAAAACAUACCAUUUGACACACUGGCUGAUAGUAUGAAAAUACUAGAGGAACUACGACAAAAGAUUGAGGCACGUGAUCAAGAUGCUUUCCAACCAUGCGCAAGAGUGAAAGAUAUUGAAGAGCGUAUGGCAACUUAUGCGAAUAUGUUACAAAACAUGGAACUUAACUUUUCAUCUCAAGUAGAGAACUUGCAGCUCCAAAUAGGGGAUCUGGAGAAAGAGCUGGGAGUGUUAAUGGAAAAAUUUAACGCUGAUGAAACAAUGCAAGAGUCAUCAUUACAGGAUCUCUCAGGCUUGACUGAACUAUACAACAAGAUACAAACAUUACAAAUUGAGAUGGACAAUGUGACCACCACAACAACACAGCUUAUGGAUGACCGUGAAGAACGACAAAUGCACAUUAACGCAUUGCUGGAGCAAAUAGAGCUUCUAAAGACAGUGAAAGCAGACAAAGAAGAUCUGGAAGAUGCACUUGCUGAGAAGGCAGAUCAUGCUGCUGUGAACAGGAAGGUUUCACAUGAUCAGUUUGAUGCUGCAUGUAAUGAUCUUGCAAGUGGACUUGAAGAUGCACUUUUUAAGCUAAAUGAGCAGAAAAAAUUGUGGGAGGAAGCUUUGAAUGAUGUGCAACAUGAAAUAGAGAAUAAACUUGACAGAACUGAAAUUUCAUCUCUUGUUGACUUUGUGAAUUCAAAACUGAAGAACCUUCAUGAAAGACUACAAGCUUUGGCAGCAAUUCGAAAAGAUAUCGAAGCUGCAGGCAUCAAGAGGAAAAUCCUCAGGGAUGUGAAAUGCAUAUCAUGCGAUAAAGAUGUAGUGAUGAAAAUAGAUAAUGAACCACCCUCAUCUCCAACUAAGGGGGCUAUGCCACCUUCAAGAAGUGUUCGUCCAUAUCUUACAUACGAACUUGAUAUGGUACGAAAGCAACAAAGGAGGUUACCUCCAGGCAGAAGCAUGAUACAUUAUGAAGAAGCGGUGCAGGAAGCAGAACGCAAGAUGAAGGGCAAAUUACAAACCAAGGCUGGUGAGAUACAGCCACACAUCUGCAACCGCUACUGCGGAGGCAGCCACACGGUGACGACGGCCCAGCAGCGCGUGUCUCGGGUGGGUCACUUCCUGGAGCAGUGGGGGCCUGAGGCGAUCCAGCUGCUGGAGGGUGGCGUCAAGGGCACGGACGGCCGCAUGUACAAGGCGCGCGGCAAGGUGGGCUCCCCGCUGGCCAGCCCGCGGAUGGUGUCGGUCACGACGUCGCCCAUGAAGUUCCCCGAGGAGGGACUGCAGCUGCCUGCCGGGGACGCCGCCGCCGCCUCCGCCGCCCACGUCUCUCUGGAGGAGAUAGUUCUGCAGGCGGUGACGCUGGAGGCCGAGGCGGAGGCCGAGGCGGAGGCGAAGCAGGUGGCAGCAGCCCCAGCGCAGGAGGUGCCGGAGGCUGCGCACGAGAUGGGAGCUGACGCCUCUGGUGCGCAAAUGGCACGAGACAUGGUACACGAACUGAUUCGCGGAGGGUAUCCAUCAGUGGUAAUGGAAGAAGAAGAGUCCGCAGCUGAAGCGGCUCCUACGGAAGAAAGUGCACCGUCUGAAGAAGUAGCGCCAUCAGAGGGAGAAGCAGCAGAGCCUGAGGCCGCAGAAGAACCCCCGGCAGGGGAAGAACCUCCGGCCGGAGAAGAACCUUCGCCUGCAGAAGAACCUGCACCAGCUGAGCCUGAAGGCGAAGCUGCACCUGCGGAGGAGUCUUAACUGCAACUUUCUGUGGCAUUACGACGUGAGCGCUCAUGUCCUUCUGCCAUUUAAAGCGCAUAUACUAUCUGAUUGUCAUAUUACCUACGCACUGUGAGCCCCACAAAAUUUUUUGUCAUAACCAUUAGACUGUUUUGCUUUUGUUUUGUAUUGAUGUAUACUGAUGUCAGCGGAAUGUUUU